AUGGCCAUCCACUGCUGGUCCUCUGUCACACUCCUGCUUUCAGGCCAACUGACUCUGCCUGACUCCUAUGAUCUCUAUCAGGAGCGCUGCAAGAGCAGAUUUGGACAUAAGUCUAACUCUCAUGGCUCUCUGUGUUCUUCUGCUUUUGCCUCUACAGUAUUCAGUCUCUUCAGAGUGGCAAGGGCUGAGGCCAGAGGACAUACAAUACCAUCGAGGGCUGAGGCCAGAGGACAUACAAUACCAUCGAGGGCUGAGGCCAGAGGACAUACAAUACCAUCGAGGGCUGAGGCCAGAGGACAUACAAUACCAUCAAGAGCUGAGGCCAGAGGACAUACAAUACCAUCGAGGGCUGAGGCCAGAGGACAUACAAUACCAUUGAGGGCUGAGGCCAGAGGACAUACAAUACCAUUGAGGGCUGAGGCCAGAGGACAUACAAUACCAUCGAGGGCUGAGGCCAGAGGACAUACAAUACCAUUGAGGGCUGAGGCCAGAGGACAUACAAUACCAUCGAGGGCUGAGGCCAGAGGACAUACAAUACCAUUGAGGGCUGAGGCCAGAGGACAUACAAUACCAUCGAGGGCUGAGGCCAGAGGACAUACAAUACCAUUGAGGGCUGAGGCCAGAGGACAUACAAUACCAUUGAGGGCUGAGGCCAGAGGACAUACAAUACCAUCGAGGGCUGAGGCCAGAGGACAUACAAUACCAUCGAGGGCUGAGGCCAGAGGACAUACAAUACCAUCGAGGGCUGAGGCCAGAGGACAUACAAUACCAUCGAGGGCUGAGGCCAGAGGACAUACAAUACCAUCGAGGGCUGAGGCCAGAGGACAUACAAUACCAUCGAGGGCUGAGGCCAGAGGACAUACAAUACCAUCGAGGGCUGAGGCCAGAGGACAUACAAUACCAUCGAGGGCUGAGGCCAGAGGACAUACAAUACCAUCGAGGGCUGAGGCCAGAGGAAAGGCAAUACCAUCGAGGGCUGAGGCCAGAGGACAUACAAUACCAUCGAGGGCUGAGGCCAGAGGACAUACAAUACCAUCGAGGGCUGAGGCCAGAGGACAUACAAUACCAUCGAGGGCUGAGGCCAGAGGAAAGGCAAUACCAUCGAGGGCUGAGGCCAGAGGACAUACAAUACCAUCGAGGGCUGAGGCCAGAGGACAUACAAUACCAUCGAGGGCUGAGGAAAAGGGCGAAUGUUUUGUUUGGAAUUAGUCCUGGGUUGUGUCCUAAAUCCCUCAUUUAACCAUUUCCCCCUUAUAGUGCACUGCUUUUGACUAGAGUAGUGCACUAUAUGGGGAAUAGGGUGCCAUUUGGGAUUCAACCUUGGUCUAUGAGGUUGUUAUCUCCUCUCCAGUUCCUAGCCAGAUGAUCUGGUGUGUGCUCUGUGGUGUGCAUCAUCACCUCUGCAACCAACUCUAAGCCAUGGGGGUUUGGUUGCCAAGCUGCCAAAUUUGUAGUUGUCCUCAGAUGUUAAAUGAGGGAUUUCCUGAAAGAUCUUGAUAACUCAAACUCACAUUUGAAGUUUGUACUUUGGGAUGAAAUUAGACUAAAUUGGUGAACGCAGACAAAAUGUUUUCUCUCUGGGUUACCGUGGUCCUAACAUCCUACAAGAUGUUAAGAACAGAGAGAGACGUCAUAUUCAAUUUUCAUCAGGUUCUGGGUCAGUCUCAACACAUUACAGAUAGUGUUCAAUCAAGACCAUACUAGAUCUUAUACUAGAGGUCAUAAAGAAGAUUCACUGAAGGCAUUGAGUUUAUCAGCUCAGUCACGAAUAACUGCUCUGUUAGCCCAAAAAACAUGUUCCCUCACGAGAAAAAAUAAAGUUAUUAUAUUCUAUUGUA